GAGCUCUGAGAUCCAUAUCCCAUCCAUAUUAUUUGCAGAGGGUUCGAGAUCCAAGCAAAGGAACCGCCAGAGGAACGUGUGAUGGUUUCGGCAAGCGUUCCAGCACCGGAACACCAGAAACCGAGGCUGGAUCCGUUCGCGGGUACUCCACAGGGAUGAUCGUCCUGGUUUAUGGCCGUCGCGGAUAUGCCGACGAAGCGACUAGACUCCCCCGCACCAACAACACCUUUGAGAAGCUCGCUAAGGUGCCAGGGGAAGGCAUGAAUUUUGAGCCUGACAACAGCUCUGAAUUUCUUCCAAAUGCUACAAUUGAGAUAAUUUCAUGUGUUGGGUUGUUGAUGACAGCCUCAUAUAUGGGAAGCUUAUUGAAAGAGUACUGUGAACCUCUUCUUGCCAAGAUACAACAAACUAUGAUAAGCAGGCUUAAAAUCCAGCCUAUUAUGAUUGCAUCUGCUCCGUUAGCGUCAAAAGUCUUUAGUGCCUUCAAACAAAAGUUUCAUGGUGGUGUUGUCCAAGAGUUUCAAAGACAUCAUAGUCAGGCACAAUUUGCAGAAGCAUUGUAUGGUGAUCUGACAUGGUAUAAGAUUUUAAUCAUUACAUGGAUUAAUGCUGAUUUUAGAGAGUUAUUUGAUACAGUACAGACAAACUCUCUUUCAACAAGAAUUCUGAAGGUUUGUCUUUGGAAGGUUUUUGUCGUCGCACACUCUCACUUUCACUGCAUUGAAUUGCUAUUCCUGUUGCUUUUUCUGCGUUGAGAUGCAUUUGGUUGAGAAACCUCGAGCUUGAGCUGAAUGAUGA